ACAAAUUUCUAUCUUAAUGUUACAGCAUAGUAUUUCUCUACAUAUUGCACACUUCUGGUUAAUGGUUUUCUGAUACCAAUCAUUAUUCACAAUUUACCAAAUGGGAUGUUCAUCUUCAAAUCCCUCAGCUUACCUUCACAAUCAGUUCCUUCUGAAAAUAUUCCUUUUUAGUUUAAUGUUAUUAACUGCUAACACCAAUAAUAUAGAUUUCCAUCAAUUAGUUUUCACAACCUGUACUGCAAAUCAAACAUUCCAAAAUGAUCUUGAAAUUUCUACCUCAUUAUCAAAGUUAUCUAUUGUUUCAUCUCUUUUUCAAGAAUUUCUUGAUAAAUCCUCAGAAUCCAAGUUUUUUGAGACUUAUGCAGGGGAUGAUAGAAUAGCCAUUUUGGGAUUAUUUCAGUGCAGAAAUGACCUUAACCAUGAUCAAUGUCAUACUUGUACUAAUAAACUUGUUGAUAUUUCAAGUAAUUUUUGUGGAGAAAGAAUCCCUGCUAGGGUUCAACUUUCUGGUUGCUAUUUGGAUUACAAGGCAGAGGAAGAGAGGGAGGUUUCUAAGCUUCUGAUGCUUCAUAAGGUAUGCAGCAGGAAAAAGGCGAAAUCGAUUAGAUACGAGGAGGAGAUGGGCUAUGCUUUUGCUGAAGUUGAGAGCUGUGGAAUGAGUGGAAAUGGAUUUUGUGACUUAAGUUAUGGGAAGGCUCAUGUCAUGGCACAAUGUGUUGGGAAUUUAAGAGGUUGUGAUUGUGGUGAAUGUAUGAACAAAGCAGUGCAGAUUGCUCAUGACGAAUGUGCAUAUUCGAUAGCUGCAGAAGUGUAUUUGGAUGGAUGUUAUUUGAGCUAUAGUUAUGGUAAACAUAAGAUAUCUAGCUACCAAGAUGAAGGGAAAGGAUCUGGGAAAGGUACACAGAAAUUGGUAGCAAUUGUAGCUGGAGGAAUAGUGGCUACCAUUUUGUUAGGUAUAGUUUAUUACUUCAUGAAGUCUUGGGGCAAGAAGGAUGAUGAUUGGUGAAAGAUGGAGAGUAGGUUUGGACUUCUAACUGAUCCACCAAAAUGGAAGGAAGUGAAGUCAAAGGGGAAACCCACAGGAUACGAGACUGAUUAAGUGGGUUUAAAUUUACUCAGUAAAUAAAUGUGCUACUUCUCCCUCAUUCCUUAUCUUUUAAAUAAUAUUCGUUAUUUAAUUUCUUCUUUCUUUUAGAUGUGAAAUGACUUAACUAAUUUGAUAUAAUAAAUGAAUAU